AUUACGGAACGGCCCUCAGCGAUUUCUCAUGCUUCACCAGGGAGCUUGUGGACCCCAUUUUGCUGCCGGAGGGAAAAACUGUCCUGGAUGUGUUCAAGGUUUGCUUCGACGAUGACGCUUCCCUGUUGGAGGAGUAUCAUAAGGCGCGAAAUGACACCAAACAAAAGUGGGAGCCGUGGCGACCUGCGAAUGCCGGCAGCCCGCCGUUUUCGGGCCAAAGAAAAUUCACGUGCACAACGACAAUUAAGGCUGUGGUGUCCAAGUCGUGCCCAUUUACAGAAUACCAACGGUACGCGUUUAUGAAUGUUGGGGGCAAUAAGCCAGCCCUGGUUGUGCAGCUGUCAGGGCAAGCUGAGGGGGUUAUGUUUGCGGACGCUUUCCGUGCGGAGGCAUUGUUGAUUUUUACCCAAUCCGAUUUAGGCGUGGCCAUGCGCGUGCUUGGUCACAUUCAGUUCCUUCGGGAUGUGUGGGCGAAGGACAAAAUUCUGCGUUCUUCACUUGACACAGAAAUGCCAGAGUGCUAUCGAAAACUGGGGUCUAUGCUGAUAGAACGUCUUCAGGGGGACACUGUUGGUUCUUCAGAAGUAAGAGGGCGUAUUGAGUCGAGUCCGCCGCCAAUAUGCACUGUAGAGCCACUUAAAGUUUCAUCUCACGUGGCUGGUGCGGUAUGGAAACCUGUCGUAUUUAUUGAGUUUGUAUUGGAGAUAAUGAGUGGACUAGUAUGCGUCAAUGCAAUUUUUCACGCGUACUUUUUUGCCGUUUCUAAACCUGUGAUUGGUGUUCAGAGUACCCUGCCUAGCGGAAGUGAGGCAUGUAGUGCUUUAGCUGAUGUUGAGCAAGCAUUGAAUAAUGACGCAUUGUUUUCUUUUUUUGUGGAUCUAGUUCGUCCCAUUUUUCUUGCAUCCCUAUUUUGUUUACUGUGUGUUCUACACGGCUAUAUGCGAACAACCCUUGCGCGUAUGGCGUAG